AUGGUAAAGGCACAUUCAAGGGGGUUAGACAGGAAAAUUGAUGACUUCCCCAUCAACGCGGGACUACAUCAAGGGUCAAGCACAUUCUUGUUCAUUGUUGUACUGGACGUCAUAAGCGAGCCUUUUAGAGGAGGACUACUGUGGGAACUGAUGUUUGCCGAUGACUUGGCCCUGAUGGCAGAUAAUAAAGACGAACUACAAAAAAAAAAAGGACUGAAGGUAAACACCGGAAAAGCAGAAGUCAUGGUUAGCAGUAGAAGAGGGCCGAGAGCGGAUAUCCGAGCCAGACACAAUGCCAGAUGGAGACAGGUGGACCAAUUUCAAGUACCUAGGUGUAACGGUGCCCGAGAAAGGUGGCUCAGACUCGUCAUGGAAAGCAAGAGUGACCGCAGCAUGGGUAAAACGGAGAAAAACUGUCUGGUGUCAUCAGUCAUAGGAAAAUCCCAAGGAAGUUGGAGAUUAUGGUAUACAACACCAUUAUAA